AAAUGCACUGAGUUGCGGCCGUGUGAUUGGCUGAUUAGCCAUUUGUGUCAAGUAACUGAACAGUGAGUGUAUAUAGAUAGACAUAUCUCUACGCUGCUCUCCGAUUAUCAAGGAGGGGGUGCUGCAGACCCUCAGCAUCUCCGCUUCUCGCCUCCCUGCAGCCCUUCGUGUGCGGGUUGACUGUUGCCAUAGCAACGCUUGAGCCACUGCGAGAAGCCGCUGUGUUAGCGGUUUCGUUCGUUUACAGGCUCUUGGUUCGGUUCUGUUUAAAAUGCAGUGUGCGCUUGCUGGGUACGAGUUAAUGCCGUCAGCCUGUACUGCGGUCGUCGAGGUGUGUUCCGCAAGGAUACUAGGAUAGGCUUAUACAGGUACCGUCUCUGCUCAGCUAGCUUAGCCUAACAGCCCAUUUAAAGCAGCAGACGCUGACGUUAGUUAGCCGGUUAGGUUAGCACCGUUGGGUCUGCACACAUUAACGUUGUAACGCUGUCGACUGUCCAAACAAGCUGUUUUCUACUUUAAAGUUGUAUAAAAUGUGCUCCACAGAACCUCUUUUAGGGCAGGCACGGCUACAUGCAUCUGUGAAGCAUGUGAAGGGUAGAGCUGAAAGCAGAGGCAGUUAUUUCGUCGUUUAGGUUUCCAGUAACGCUUCAUUAUGAGUAACGCUAUGUCCACCGGCAGCCUUCCACCUCUGCGGAAUCUGCCCAGCUGGAGCCGGGUGGGGAUACUGGACAGGGCCCGUUACCCACGACCCUUCCCCUCUGACUGUGCGCAUGAAGGCCCUGCUUCGGACAGGGACGGCCAAAAGAUAAGCCAGAGCAAGGCAGUGAUGGAUGGGGCACGUGUGGCCUCUCUGGAGAAAGAUAUCCUGUUCCUCCAGCAAACACAUAAAAGCACACUGGAGAAACUGCAUGAAGAAAUCGAAAGCCUGAAACGCGCCAACAAAGAGUUACAGUAUCGGCUGAUCAUGGAUUCGCAUCCUCGUCCUCCAAGAGAUUCCAGUGCUGGAGGUUUACAUGGAAAGCACUCUCAGACUGGGUUUAUCAGCUCUCAAGAAAAGCUAGACACUGCAAAAUAUGACGUAGAACAAUAUGGGGGCAUCAUCACAUCUUUGCUUCCUCUGAAGAUCCACAGUGGCCAGUCUAGGCCUCCACGCACCCCAACUCUGCAGGAGUGUGAGGCCAUCAUCCAACAGCUCUAUAACACCAACACCUUACAGUCUCGGGAGCUGUUGAGACUGAAGGCUAUGCUUAACGACGCUGUCCUGAACAAAAAGAAAAUAUCAUCAGAAGUGUCCAUUCUAACAAAGGCAUACACUUCUGGUAGCACCAGCGGAGAAUUGGAGCACUUUCCAAAACUACCUCUUAGGCCUUUGCCAAAAAUACAACAGCCCAGCCAGGCGUCUGUGAGAGAGAGGGUGAUUCUACCAGCCAUCAGGCCGAGUUUGCGCAGCAGCAUGACGGAAAGGCAGAAACGAGCCCAGGACGUGCACAAAACACGACUCAGAAGAGCGGUCAAUUCUUAACUGUGAAGUUACAGUAAAUAUUUUGCUGCACCUGUUCUCUUUUUUAUGAAUUAUGUGAUCUCUUGCACUGUGCCAUCAUUCAGAAUUCAGCGGUUUUCCACUUCUCAGAGUGUAGAUAAUGACACUUUUGGUGUUGAAGGCAGUGGGAUGUCUGUGCCUUAAAUGAAAUGGAAUGAUGUGAGUAGACGUCUCUUUGGUUUGUUUGCCCUCUAAGCCAUAGUAAAUGACCCUUGACAUCUUAGCUGCUAAAUCCAGUUUAUUAGGUCUUUAAGUCACUAAAUACAGCAGGAGGCCACACUGAUGGGCUUAUGUUUUGACAGACUUGUAAUUGCAAAAAUCACUGUGAGCCUGAAAUGUUGUCUAAUGCCCUGGACUGUGAACAAGCCUCAGAGUGGGUUGGUGAUUUAAUCUAUUAGCUGUAAAUGCUUUAACUAUAACCUACAAAAGGACAGACCUGAAUUUGAAUUUACAUAGAGCAACUUUUUCCUGCCAUGUAGAAGAGGGGAAAUUCUGGAUGUGGAAAAGAAGUGCGCUUGCACCCUCCAACUUGGCCCAAUCUCAAAACCCUGAAGAGUUACUUUAAGGCCACUCAUUAUGAUAAAAGACUUAAGACAAAUUGAAUGUAGAUUUGAUUAGAUUGAUGGUUAACAACUGUGGAAAUAAACAAGAUACAAUUGAA